UCCCCACUCAGACCCUCCUCCUCCUCACAUUGGCUGAACUGUCAGUACAGCAGCACUGCAGAUAGUCAAGCUCCUCAUUUGUUACAGUCAAUUUAAAAUCAAUUUCAUUCAAAAAGUCAGGUGAAUUUUUUUUUCUGUGUUUACAGGAGAUGUGUGAUUGAUGUUCCAGCGAAGCCUUGGAAACAACUGAAUGAGCUAGUGGAUUACUUUAGUGCAGUUUACAACAACAAAAUAUUUCGGCUUGUGAGAUUUUCUGUGGAUUAAUCAGUGCUGGAUUUUUCUGUUCUGUACUGCCUGGAAGUGGAGAUAUAGCCAGGGAUAACUGGUUACUAUUGAAGUGUAUGUAGUAAGGCAAUAUUAGGAACAGUUCUGCUGUUUGAACUACACAGAUCACAGAAGAUUGUGGAGGUGAACUCCGAGGGUUUAAAGUUUACUCUCCGAUCAUGCUGUUCCAGGGAUUAAAAUAACUUUGAAAAGUUGUGAGGUUACAAACCCAUCACCAUGGGAACAACAGCACGAGACCUCCUGGACUUCCUGGAGGAUGCGGAGCUAUCCCAGUACUACUGCGCCCUGUCCUCAGAGCUCAAGAUCUCAACAAUUCUUCAGCUCAAGUAUGUAGAGGAGGAUGACCUUUUCGGGAUCGGAAUGACAAAACCGGAGAUGAGGCGUCUCAAACGACACUACAAAAAGGAAUGUCCACAGGGCGCUCUAGGCAGACUAAAAAAGGCAAUUCUGUCCAAGACUGGUGGUGAUGGCCUUGGAAGAUCACUAAGUCCAUCCCCGCCGGAAAAUCGGCCAAACAGGUCCUCGUCCCGGCUAUCCUCGUACAUCAGACCCCCCAGCAAACAGAUCAUCCCCGCAGACUCCAUCACAAUCAACAAAACUCUUGGAGAAGGGGAGUUUGGUGUGGUACAGCAAGGAGUUUGGACGACAGAGACUGGUGAAAAAGUUCAGGUAGCCAUCAAGUGUCUGAGCAAGGAGCGGCUACAAAAUGGAACAACAGAGUUCCUCAAGGAGGCUGGUAUUAUGCAGACCAUCGACCAUGAGAACAUCGUCCGUAUGUUUGGAGUCGUUCUUGACAAGGAAAACACCAUGAUGCUGGUGACAGAGUUAGCUCCCAUGCGGUCGUUGCUGGAGUGUUUGAAGGAACAGGCCUUGAGAUUGGACUUCCCCCUGCCUCGCCUCUGUGACUUCGCCCAGCAGAUAUGUGAUGGUAUGACCUACUUGGAGAAUAAGCGACUUAUCCACAGAGACCUAGCCGUCAGAAACAUCCUCGUCUUCAGUAAAAACAAGGUCAAAAUCAGUGACUUUGGUUUGUCCCGGGCACUAGGUGUGGGCAAAGAUUACUACCAAAGUAACUUCAGUAUCAACCUUAAACUACCUAUAGCAUGGUGUGCUCCAGAGUGUAUCAACUAUCUCAAGUUUACAUCAGCUAGCGAUGUUUGGGCAUUUGGUGUUACGAUGUGGGAACUCUUCAGCUACGGCCUCCAGCCCUGGGCUAGUAUGACUGGCCAACAGAUCCUUGAAGCUAUUGACACGCCAAGUGGUCAAAGACUUGACCGACCGGACCUCUGUCCGAAGGAAUACUAUGACCUUAUGUGUAAAUGUUGGGACCAUGAUUCCGCCAAGCGGCCAACGUUCAGUGAUAUUUUUACACAAUUACAAUUUAUGCGACCAGUCCAGAUGAAAGCCUUGAAAGAUUUCCCAGAAGUCACUGUGCCAAGGGACUUCCUGUACUACAAAGCUUCUGAUAUAAUUUAUGUUAUUGAUAAAAAUCCAUCAAAUGCACCUUCCUUUGGUCUCUGUCGGGGAGUCCUAAAUAAUGGUAAAGCUGGAUUCUUUGAUCCUGUCAACUGUACGCCAAUAGCGGAGACCAAACCGGACAGUCCCCUCACAUCACUACCCAAGCCAUCUAUCUCCAGGAAAGAAUCAAAACGGAGUUCAAGUAGAAAACUACGAGCUGAGAUGAUCAGUGGUCCUAAGAAUGACCUCCGUCACACCGGCCAUAUUGGUUAUGAUGGCGCGGUGUUCGGGGAUGUGUCGUUUAUCGGAGAUAACUACGACAAACUGCCGGUGAACGUUGGGGGUGCAGGUGCAAAUUCUCCUGUUAUAGGUGACAGGUUGUCAUCGUUUAGUCUUCACCGACAGAGCCAAGAUGGCGAACAUGCAGGUCUGUCACUCAAUGGUGGGACUAAUGGUGUUGGCACCAAUGGCCUCGGACACUCUUGGAUCAGCCAAGAGUCAAUAAAUAGCACCUUCAAGGAUGAGAUGGACAGCGACCGUACACCUCAUUAUCAGGAUAUAGAGGACGACUCACUCUUCGCAGACUUCAAGAUGCCUGAUAUGGGGUCAUCCUUCGAUUUUGGCGGCUCAUUUAUGGACGAGGUGUUGAAGGCCUUGAAUGAGAAGGAAGCCAAAUUAGAGGCAUCGUCUCCUUCAGACUCUACCCCUUCCCCUGAUUCACAAUUCCGCAACAGCUUCAAUGAUCGCAGUGGGUCGGUGUCGCCACCAUCUGUGAAGGAGUUUAAAUAUGCAACCCCACCACCACUGCCUGCACAACCUCCCAGAUCUGAGAUUAAGAAGGAACCCCCUAAACCAGAACCAAGGAAACAGGCAAAGGUGAAACCUAUGUCUGCUUCUGAGGAGAAAAUGAUGGACGAUGCAAUUGCUCUGGCUAACGAGUGUGCAGUUGUGUCAGCACAAAACCAGACGUCGGAGACACCCACCUCACCCACAGGGUACGGACCGGAGAGGAUGCGGUCAGACUCUGAGAGUGGGUCAGAGUCUCCGAAACUCAUCUCCAAAUUAAAGAACUCAUUUAAGAGAAGCCCCAAAAAUGAGCGUAAACGGACUUUUUCUGAAGAGAUUGCUCACAAAGGGGAGAUAACUGAGGAUGUUCCUCCAGAGGCCCAGGAAGCAUACAAUAUUCUAGUGGUGCGUGGUUCUGUGAAGGAGGACCAGAGAAAGGAGAGACCUAAAUACCCUGCCCCUGUGCCCGAGGCUAGACCAUCAUGGCAAUCUAGGUCAGAAUCCAAACCUUCCUGGCAAUCAUCAAAAUCAGUGGACACCAAACACUCUUGGGAAUCAUCAAGAACUGCCUCAGAAUCCAAACCUUCUUGGGAAACAUCUCGGACUACUUCUGAAUCUAAACCCUUGUGGGAGACCUCAAGGACCUCUACAGACUCCAGACCAUCAUGGGAAACAAAGAAGGAUGUCACAAAUAGCUUAAGAAGUAAUGUUCCACUAGCCAGCACAGAGGAAGUGGAAUUAUUUGUUGACCUUGAUCCCAUAGAAAAAGUGGAACCUUCACCUCCUCGUCCUGUUCCUAAACCUCGUGUGGAAAUUCCGAAAAAAUAUGAGCCACCCAUCCCGUCACCAAAACAGAGGCCUGAGAUUCAUCGUGUCGAUCCAGUGCCUCGCCCACAACAGCCUCCCCCUCGGAUCCCCAUGACCUCUGCUGCGGCUGACCUUCAGUGGGAACUCAACGAAAGUUUUGGGUCAAGUCACAGUGUGGCAUCAAACCAGAGUUUUGGCAAAGAGAGUUCUCGUAGUGGUGGCUCAGAUGUUCUUCGGAUACAGGAGGAUCGUGAUGAGGUGUCAGAGAGGACAUCAGUUCGUAGUUCUGACUAUAGUGACUCGGAUGAUCCAAAGCAACACAGUGAAGUGUUGCGGAUUGACCUACCAGACUCAACAGAGUAUAGCACGGACUCCUCUAGCACAAAAGAACUCCACAUUGAUGAGGCACCGAGAAGAGACUCCAGUUCUAAAUCUAGUAGUUUGUUUGAUGAGGAGUUUAGUGAACCUUCCCCUCGGGAAAUUAUGAGCAAGCUGGCCAGGGAGAGCCGUAUUCGGCGCUCACUGGACCACCAGCGUGGUGUUGUAGGAGACAUGGGCGAGCCUGCCCCUAAUAGGAAUUUACGUGAACCCCAAGGGAUCCCUGGUAAGAGUAUGCCUUCAAGUAAUGGUGAUGAUGAAGAAGUGGAUACAAACCCGUUGCGGAUGUUAAGGGGUGGAGCUAUUCCAAUUCGUGGAGGCCGGGCGGGACAAGGUAAUGCUCGACCCCCAAAUCGACCUCCCAAAUUACCAUAUAGAAAACCGCAGUUACACCAUUCUAUGAGUGUUGACUCUGGAAGCAACUAUGUGCAGCAUGUCAAUUAUUCUAGUUCAAUAUAUAACGGGGACGAAUCCCCAGAUAGUCGUGUAAAUGGAUCUAGACCCCCUGCUGUCCCACCUAGGUCCUACAGCAUAAGUGGUGACGGCGGAGGUCGCCAGAACGUAAAUCAAAACCCCCUUCCAUUGCCACCUAGGACCUCCGCGACACGAUCAGUGAUCCUAAAUGCACCUCGGGAGCGAAAGUACCCGCUCUUGCUGGACGACGCUGACGACUGCGGCAAUAACUCGGAAGGUCGCUUAUCAGCUCAGUCGUCCUCUGUUUUGUCACCGUCAUCAGCAGCUGCUGUCCGUGUAACCUCUACCUCCUCCUCCUCUACUGUUGCAUGGGCUCCCGCCGUCCCGGCCCGACAGGGACGACCUUCUGACCUUGGGCGACCUUCUGACCUCCCCCCUGCCCCACCUUUACCAGCCCCUUGUCAAAAUGUAGAUGAAACGAGUGAUGAUAGCUCGGACAGUGAUGACGAUAACUUAAAUGAUAGUGUAUUUGAAAAUGAUUCUAGCCCUGUGAUACAUCAAAAAAUUUCUAAUACUCCCAUGUGCCGAUCAGGCUCCUCAACAUUCCCUCGUGUGAAAUUCCGUCUCAAUAAUAAUGUUAAAUGUAAUUUGGAACAAAUAGGAUUUUAUAAUACCCAUGAUCCAUUUUGGGUCAAGUCUUUGAUCUUGGCAGGGGAGAGAUUUUCAGAUAGGGGAGGCUCGGAAGAAAUCUCGCCCAUCAUGCUUGCUAACUACAAAUCAUCUGAUGGCGUGAGCUACGAAGAUUUGCUUGAUUUUGCAUUAGAUAGGGAGAAGAAUUGCGAGGAAAUAGACACCAUGCAGAAAGUGUUUGGUAAUGAGGUGACGGUCCAGGACUGUAUGGUUGCCCUAGAAGAGACAAAGUGGGACGUCCAGCGUGCCAUCAAGUACGUGAAACUUAAACAGCUGCUCAGUGCACAGCUCGGCGAUGUCAACUUCUGUAAGGAGGCGCUGAUGACCUGUGACUGGGACGUCCAGCGUGCGGCCAACUUCAUGUUGUCCAGUCCACUCCCUAGUCCCGAGUGUGUAGAUGUCUAAUACUGGACAUCAUGGCUUCACCAGUCUGAUGCCGGUUUGUCCAGUUAUACCAGUAAACAAGGACACCAGUCGCAGACAACAACAGCAGCUGUUAUUUAUACAGUGUGAUAUUGCACUGUCCUGGCAUCGACAUUUUAAGGCCUGGCAAAAAGAUACUUGGAAAAAAAUCAACAAGGGGAUUUACUCUUUUUGUACUUACUGUGUUCCCUUGCAAUCCAGAAAAGAAAGACUAGCUAUAAUGAAAUGAGCUUUAACUUGGACAUGCAAGGGACAUAACUCUACAUGUGUGAUCCAGGAACUUUUGACUCUUGAUGAGAUUUCAGUUGUGUUCAUGUGUUCUAUUUAAAAGUGUUACAUUUAUCACACAAAAAUAAUCAUUGCAUCCACCAUCGAAUUAUAAAAUGUGAGAAGUGGAAUUUACUCUGAUUGACCAGUCCAUCUCUUGAUAACGUGUAUACUAUAUGUGGACAUGAGGAAUAAUAUAGUGCAGGUAGUCUGA